GAGACUGAAACCUCAGAAAACCCGGGCGUCUUCAGGGGCCUAGUGGAUCUGGUUGCUUCACUUGAUAAUGUGUUGGAGGAUCAUCUGAAGACGGCGACAGUUUUUAAAGGCACGUCAAAGACCGUGUAGAACGAGCUGUUGGACUGUAUGUUGUCAGUCAUUAAAACCCACAUUCUUGGAGAGGUGAACAAUGCAGAUUAUCUUGCUAUUCAGGCAGAUGAGACUACAGACAUUUCCACCCGCUGCCAGUUGGUGCUUGUGUUACGGUAUCUCGACAGUCAGAACAGCAUUCAAGAGCGUUUUCUUGAGUUCAUCCCUCUUCAGAAUGCAACCGCUGACACGAUUUCCACAGCACUGUUGGAGAGGCUGAGCAAGAUCAUCCCUGCUAGAAAAGAGGGAAAACUAAUAGCCCAGGCCUAUGAUGGGGCUGCAGUGAUGAGGGGAGCCACAGGUGGAGUGCAGUGUAAGGUGAAUGAUAUGUACACAAGUGCACACUACAUCCACUGCUAUGCCCAUCAGCUGAACCUCAUCAUGCAACAGGCAACUUCACACAUCCGCAGGAUCAGAACUUUCAUUUCAGACCUUGGUGGAUUUGCUGCUUUCUUCUCCCGGUCAUUCAAGCGAACCGCUGUGCUUGAUCAAGUGGUGGCGCACAGACUUCCAGCAACUUCAGCAACCAGGUGGAACUUCCACAGUCGUGCUGUCAACACAGUGUAUGACCACAAGGAUGACCUCCUCAGAUGUUUCCAGAUGAUCAGAGACUCGGAUGACUUUGAUCCAAUCACUGAGAGAGAGGCAGGAGGCUUUGUGAGAAUGCUGGAGGAAGAAGAUUUCUGCUUUCUGCUGGCAUUGUUUCACAAGAUCAUGCCACAUGUGGACAUGCUCUUCAACCAGCUGCAGAAGAGGAACAUUGACUCUGUCUACAUCUGACAGGGGUCAUCCAGAGCUUCACCAACAGCAUGCAAAAGAUCAGGGACUCCAUUCAUUCUCUGACUGAGGAAUGCAGGGCAUCAGUGCAGCAGCCAACAAAGAAACGGAGGACGUUUGGCCAGGGAGAACAACAGCAGCUGGGUGCAGAGGUUUGUGACACCAUCCUGAGCCAUGCAAAAGAAGAUUCUUGUCACCACACCCAUGACCACAGCCAAAUCAGAGAGGUGCUUUUCUACUUUAAAGAGGAUUAAGACUUUCCUUGAGGAACACCAUGACACAGGAUGGGCUGAAUGCUCUUGCCAUGCUCUCCAUGGAAAAAAAGCUUGUCACAAACAUUCCUGACUUUAAUAAAAAGGUCAUCGAGAGCUUUGCCACUCAGAAGGAC